UCCAACACUAAAUAAACAAAUUGUACCCACUCUCUCUCUCUCUCUCUCUCUCUCUCUCUCUCUCUCUCUCUCUCACACACACACACACACAAAAAAGAAUCACCAAUGGCAAAACAAUAUCUCUUCCUAAUCCUCACAAUCUCCUACCUCUUCUCGCUGGAGUUCACCGCGGCCACAACAGCCUCAUCAGCCGGAGCUUCCAAAAAGGCCAUAAACUUCAUCCAGUCCUCUUGCAAAACCACAACAUACCCAGCCUUAUGCGUCCAAUCACUCUCCGUCUACGCAAACGACAUCCAAACAAGCCCUAAACGUUUAGCCGAGACCGCUAUAGCCGUGACAUUGAGCCGUGCUCAAUCCACGAAGCUCUUUGUCUCGCGUCUUACACGUAUGAAGGGCCUUAAGAAGCGCGAGGUCGAAGCCGUCCAUGAUUGCGUCGAGGAGAUUAACGAUACCAUUGACCGUUUGACCAAGUCCGUCCAAGAACUGAAGCUGUGUGGUAGUGCCAAAAAUCAAGAACAGUUUGCGUACCACAUGAGUAAUGCUCAGACUUGGACUAGUGCGGCUCUGACCGACGAGAACACUUGCUCCGAUGGGUUCUCGGGUCGGGUUAUGGAUGGUCGGAUCAAGAACUCGGUUCGGGCUAGAAUCGUGAACGUGGGCCAUGAAACCAGCAACGCCUUGUCCUUGAUUAAUGCUUUUGCUAAAACGUACUAAUUUUUAAAACUAUAGUUUAAGAAAUAUUAAUGUGUACUGUAAAAUAUAUGUUGAGAUAAUGUAAUGUCUUUGCUACUACUAGUAUGUCACGUGAUAUUUUUUUUUCGAUUUUGUUAGUUUCUUUUUGUUUUGUAUGUGGUUUUAUAAUAGUAUUCGUGUGUGUGUAUUUGAGCUUUUUGUAUCCUGAAAAAAAGGCUAAUUAAUUCUAUAAUUUGGACAAGUUGGAACAUA